AUGGCCUCUGAAAGCACCAGUCAAACGACUCCUGUAUCAGUGUCGAGUUAUAGCAACUUCACCACAUCUCGACCAGGUUUACAUGAGACGAAUAGCAGUGGCAGCAGUAGUAGUGUUAAUAGCGCUGUUACUUCAUAUAGCAAUACCAGUGCUGGAGAUGGACGACGACAGAGAUCAACCUCGUUAGUGACUUCACCCCCUCCUAUUCCACCUACAGCUCCUCAUCGCAAGAUCUCGUCGGCUUCACGAAGUGGUUUAGUGUCUACUACAGAUGGAACUCCUAUUUCGACCGGCGUGGCCCCAUCUUUAAACUCUUCGAUUGAUGAAAGGAUUAUUAGUAGACCAAGUAGUGGCUCGUCUUCGACGACAUCAAGCCCUAAACGUACACCAUCGGCGUCAGCAACAGCGACUGCGGCAGGUGAGAUUUCUCAUUCACCUCGAAAUUAUGACCUCUAUGCCACAGCUCAUGACACCAGCAACCCAGCUAGUCAACAUCCGGGAAGUAACGGAUUCGCAUAUACUACUGGUACUGCUCCGAGUGCUAUAACGUCGACAGCAGCUAUGUCUACUCAGUCGCCAGUAUUGUCAAAUCAGCGGACAAGUGUAAAUUUUGCUCCACCAACAAAAACGGCGUCGCUGAAUCAUCCUGAAACUCCAAGUUUACAGACAAACUUCCCAUCCAGCCAACCACAACCAUAUCUGGAGCCUUUUCCAGUUAAAACUGUUGGUCCAAGUGAUGUCACUCUCAGCAACAAUGGCCAGGAAUCUAGCAAAACAUCUGCAUCGGAUGGUGCUACAGCUGGUACAGUGGGCAUGGUAACGCCAAAUCCAGCUCGUUCUUCAGCAUCUUUUGCUACCACGCCAACUAGUAGUAUCGGUUCGAGAAGUAGGGCCACCAGUCGAGCUGGCGAGACCCCUGCACCGCCUAUGCCAACGACAUUACCUCACAGUAUGAAUGGUACUAGUAGCCAGUUAUCUACUCCAGUCAAUACGUCACCCAAAAUGAUGAGGCAAAUCUCGUCAGGGGUAACUCCAGGCGGUAAUAGUUCGGAUUCAUCUGCUCCAGCUUCUACAACCACUAGGAGAAGAGCCACUUUAAGUGGCAGUGGAACGAAAUCCACUGUUAAAGGAGUUAUUUCGAAUAUUGUUAACUCGAUGAGAAGCUCUGGAGAUGCCAGCCCAGGUAGUCCUGAAAAUACUAGCAGUCUAAGUCGAAAGAACACUAUGAGUAGAGGAUCAGAUAGUUCCAGUACCCUCGGAUCAGCUUCAAGCACCCUAAAAAUUUCUGAGCCAUAUGAUGCUAAGCAUGUUACUCACGUUGGAUAUAACAAUGACACAGGUCAGUUCACUGGUAUACCCAAAGAAUGGGAGAAACUUCUGGCUGAUAGUGGAAUUUCCAAGACCGAGGCUGAACAGCAUCCUCAAGCAGUUUAUGAUGUUAUGAAGUUUUAUCAAGAUUCCAAUUCGACCGAGAGCGAGGUUUGGAAGAAGUUCGACAAGGCUAAACAUCCUCAAAAAGAUGUAAUCAUUUCGCCAAUUAUGUCGCCAACCCAAGAACACAGUGAGUAUUUUAAAGUUACUUCGCCAGUUACUCCCUCAAUUCCCAAGAGACAUGAGGAAUUACAACCUUCCGCAAUUCCUCAAGGUAACUUUAUUCCAUCUCGACCGGCCCCUAGACCUCCAGGUGUAGCAUCUCCAGCUGCAAACCUGCCAUCAGCAGCUGCAGCAGUUCCAUCAACUGCACCUCCCAGUUCGUCAUCCACACCCGCUAAUACCAGCAGUGGCAGUUCGAUACUUCGCAUUCCUUCAACUUCAUCUAAGAGAAGUGGUGGAGGUCCUCUAUCUCCAACGACUAUUAGUGCACCACCUAGCACGGCAGUUCCCAAACUUCCUUCGCAGUCACCACCACCUCGACCACCUCCAGCUCCACCACUUGGUGUGUCGUCAGUUCAUGCUAAUUUCUCAGAAAAGGUAGCUUCAGAACGGGAACGACUCAACUAUGCAGUGGAAUCCGGUUUACUGAGUCCUCAACAAUACCGAAUGCAACAACAGUUCCCAUUACGACAUCCUCAUCAUCAGUUGACGUCUUCGCCAGCAUUGAGACAACAACAGCAGCAACAGCAACAACAGCAACAACAACAACAAAUUCAAAUGCAGCAACAACAACAGCAGCAAAUAAUUCAGAUGAAGCUUCAACAACAAGAACAGCUGCGAGCAGCUCUUGCAAAGAAGCAACAACAGCAGCAACACCAAAUGCAACUUCAACAGCAGCAGUUACGACAACAGCAACAAGCUCAAGCGCAGCAAGUGCAGCAGGCUCAAAUCCAACAGGCACAGUCUCAUCAACAGUUGCAAGAUUAUGCAGUUUCUACAUCACAUGGAGCAGGAGCUGCUGAAGAGGAUGCUGGUCAUCAGAAGCUUAUGGAUCAACCUGAGGAGCUCAAGCAAUUGAAGAAAGCCAUUAACAUGAACAACCCAUCACAAGCCAAUGCUCUUCGUAGUACUCCAAAAGAUCCCAAUGCAUCUGCUAGACGACGUGAAGCAAGAAGAAAGAAGGAUAACGAAGCCAUUGCUAAACUGUCUACCAUUUGUACACCAGGAGAUCCUACAGAGAUUUACCGUAGUCUUGUUAAGAUUGGCCAAGGUGCUAGUGGAGGUGUGUUUACUGCUUACGAAGUCAACACCAACAAUUCGGUGGCUAUCAAACAAAUGAAUCUCGACCAACAACCCAAGAAGGAGCUUAUUAUCAACGAAAUCUUGGUUAUGAAGGAGAGCAAACACAAAAAUAUCGUCAACUUUAUUGAUAGUUUCCUCCAUAGAGGCGACUUGUGGGUUGUUAUGGAGUACAUGGAAGGAGGUAGUCUUACCGACGUGGUGACAUACAACAUGAUGUCAGAAGGCCAGAUUGGUGCUGUGUGUCGUGAGACGCUUCUUGGUUUGGAACAUUUGCAUUCCAAGGGAGUUAUUCACCGUGAUAUCAAGUCGGACAAUGUAUUAUUAUCGCUCAAGGGAGACAUCAAGCUGACUGAUUUUGGAUACUGUGCACAGAUUAACGAGCUGAACUCGAAGAGAACUACUAUGGUGGGUACUCCAUACUGGAUGGCACCAGAAGUUGUCAGCAGAAAGGAGUACGGACCCAAGAUUGAUGUGUGGAGUUUGGGUAUUAUGGCCAUUGAAAUGGUAGAAGGAGAGCCACCAUAUCUCAACGAGUCGCCCAUUCGAGCUCUUUACUUGAUUGUGACGAAUGGUACACCCGAACUGAAAGAUCCAGGAUCGUUGUCACCAGUUUUCAAGUCGUUCCUUGACUGGGCACUUCAAGUUGAAGUCGAUGCGCGUGCUACAGCCCUUGAUCUGCUUGAACACGAGUUCAUCAAAAAGGCCGAUAGUUGCCGAACACUUGCACCUCUAGUCAAAGCUGCCCGUAUAGCCCGUGCUGCGGAGAAGACGCGAGUCUAA